AUGUCGUCUGAUUCAUCUCGCGCGCCACUCAAACGAGCAUCCCCCUUCGAUAGGUCAGCUCACUCCGAAAGUUCAUGCCUCAUUUCGGGUAGUCUAUUAGAAAAUUCUAUGGCUAACGAAACGGCGUCUACCGCCAUGCUCAGCCUGACCUCAUCAGACGAUAUCCCAGCUGUGGCGCCGCCCGCUGUGGAGCAUGAAGCACCGGCUACGAAGAAGCUCAAACUGACGCAGACCUCAACAUCUACUCGCCCGCGAACGCGAGAAUCGGUGAAUCCGGGCCCCAGUAGAGUAGGCGACGCGAGCGAGCCGGUGCUCCCUCACUUACAGAAGACAGGCGAGACGAAGGCGAGUAGCCAGGUGCUCGACCGGCGCGCUCGUAUCGAAGCUACCCGUCUGAGCCGGGCAGAGGAAAAGCGCCGUCAAGAGAAAUCCCAGUUAAAGUUACCGAGCUUCUUCGCCGUACCAGCUGCCGGUCCGCGGGAUCAGAAGAGUCGACUUGAAGUCGCUUCUACGCUCAUCCCCCUCGCGCCACCCUGUGAUGCCGCACCACACACAUCUGACGCGUCCGUUUUGCCAGCUCGCCUUCCUUCGCCCACUCUAUAUGACAAGCUGUUUCCUGCCUUCUUUGUUCAGAGUGGCGUCAGCCUUGCACCGAUCUCUCGCCCUCCUAUUCUGCCUCUGCCCAAGGAUCAGGUGCCUGGCAUGCAAGAUGGCGCUACUGAGAAACGCUGGCCCAUCGAGAAUGUUCGCCAACGCCUCCUCCGGCUUCUCCAGCUUCCCAAGAAGCACCGGGGCGCUGUUAGAGGCAAACCGAUAGUUUCGGCGCGCCAUCUCAUGGAAGGCUUGGUUUCUCAAAACGAUCGCCACGCCUACUUAAAGUCCACGUCAGGAAAUGCACCUGAUAUCCUCCGAACCAUUCCUGUUAAGCUUUUAAAAUUCUAUGAAGACGUUCGGCCACCCUACCGUGGCACCUUCACGGCUAAUCCUAUCGGUGGUCCGCGUCGGCUGGCGCGCAACCCUUUCUGCCGCGCCCUACCUAACUUUGACUAUGACUAUGACAGCGAAGCCGAAUGGGUUGAAGAUGAAGAAGGCGAAGAGCUCGGCAGCGGUGAUGAGGAAGAUGAUAUAGACGAUGAAGAAGAUCUUCAAGAUUUUCUCGAUGAUGCCGAUGCCGAUGCCGAGCUCACACCGGUCCAUAGCCCUUUUUCUGAAGCCGAGCUUGUACCCAUUAGCAGCGGAAUUUGCUGGGAAGAUUCGCGCGGCUUGCCAGCGCGGCCAGAACUAUGUCUCUAUCGCCUCGAGAUCAUUCAUGCCAGUGUCAGGCCCCCGAUAGAUCCCUUCUCCUCUGCCUAUUGGCCCCCGCGCUCUCCACCGAGCGUCAGCAUCAGCGUACCCACACAAUCAGCCGCUGCACUCGUCUCCCAAUCCCAUCCGUCCGGCCACUCGCCACCACCUCGCGCACAACCCACUGUCAGUCAGCCCUCGGUCCCUGGCAAAAGACUCUUAGCCCCUUCAGAUUUGGAAAGCUUUAAAAGUAUUGUAGUCGGUAGCGAUCUUUCCAAGAUAGGACUGAUUGAGGUCCUUAAAAAACGUUUGCCUGGGCGUCCUGCCGCCGUGAUCAAGGCCACUUUAGAGACAAUGGCUCGACGAGGUCAAAAGGGACAAAAAGAAGCUGACAAGAGAUGGGCUCUAGUAGAACUCUCAUCGGAAGCGCCUACUAACUAA